CUUGGGCCGCGCCGCCCAGGGCCGGUGGCAACGGCCUCAUUCAGCGCUGCCGCCCGCCGCGGUCCUGGGCCGGUUGAAGGCAGUGGCUUCGGCGGCUCUGAGGGUGGUGGGCUGGGGCCGGGGCGGUUCCUGCGGUGCUUCAGGCCUGGGAGGGCCGCUGGGGCCUCUACCUGGCCGGCUGUGCCUUCCCCGGGAGGCCGCAGGCGGGCGCCCCGAAGUCCCCAUGGGCCGGGUGCGGAGAGGCCUUGCUGGGCAUCGCUACGCUGGAGCAGGCACGGGCAGGCUGCUCUGAGCGCAGCCCUCGCCUUGUCAUGAGCUUACCCUCCAUUACGCGUGUUUGUAUUUAAAGGGACCCACCUUGAUGUGUGUUCGCGGUUUAGUGCACAGCGUGUUUGGUUCUGGGUGCUGUUUUGCUGUGCUCGGUCUGCCUCGGGAGCAGCCCUUCUCGUGGCACUUGAGUCCCACCCGCGCAGCCGUCCCAGGGAAGAACGUUCAGGGGUGGUGGCAAUGCACUGCAGCGGUUCAGGGAAGCAGUGACCAGCUACGUGCUUAAGGCCUUGCUCUGGAUAAAGCUCCUUCAGUUUUGGUGUCUACUUGUAGGUCGGUGGUUGUCUUCUCCGACUGAGAAACGUUAGUCAAGGUUGUCAAUGGGAUGAGUGAUCCAGGCCUUUUAGGUGGAGUGAGGGUGAAGAAGGGUGAUUUCUUGGAUUCUUUGGAUGUAUGUCUUUUCUAGAGAGAGUUGAGUAAGAUGUGGUCUGUUAUGAAUUUGACAUUUGUUGUCAAAUUCCCAAUGGCAGUCAUAGAUUUCUGCUGCUUUGGCUUAGGUGUCAUUAUAUAUAAUAAUUCACUUUUAUCCUUGCGAGUGAAAACAAGAGAAAACAUUAACAGUACUGGUUUGGAAACAGUGUUAAAAUUUACAUUAAGACAAUAUUUAGACAAAUAGUGCUUAAGGAAGUACUUGGUUUUUGAUCUGAGUUGUUCUUAUCAGUUAAUUGGUUGUGGGUUUUUUAAUUUUAACAGAUUUAGUAAAAAUAUUUUGGUUGGAUAUAUGGCAGCAUAUGAAGAAAAUCAGUUAGUAUUGAAUCAUUUGAAAUCAGUUGAUUUGAAAUAGUGGAGCUUUUGAACAUUUUUCCAUAGUACUUGUAUGUCUGUACUUAAGUACUGGUGUGGUUUUCUAAAUGGAUGGUGCCAGCUAAUAUGAAGUAAAUGAUCUGUUAUGUCUAAUACUUCCCUUGGAAAUAUCACAUCAAGUUCUUUUUUAAUUCAUACACUACUUUAAGUCCCCACAAAAUAGUCAUUACACUGUGUGCUAGCAGUCCUUCUUUGUUCCUUAUUACAACUUUUUAAUUUACAGUUUCUUUUUAUUGAUACAGUUGAACUGUAUCUGUGUGUGAGUAUACACAAUGCUGUAUAUAUAGUAUAUAUGUCAGCUACUAUAGAUGAUUGAGGCCAAGCAACUGAGGCUAAAGUAAUAUGAGGUGAAACUCCUUGGACUUGCUCAGUUUCCACUGUUACAAAGUACAUUUAUAUGAAUACAACUACUUAAAAAUUAAUUUUGGUCUUGGCCAGAUCUACCUACUAGACUGAGUAAUAGAGAUGUGAGAGAUAAAGAUAUGAGUCAUCAGACUGUUGACAGGAUAUUAUGGUAAUUAUUUAACACAUAAUAAUGAAAACAAUAAUAACAAUAUUAACAAUAAUAGCAGCAACAACAGCAAUAAUAAUAGAAAGAUGUCACUUCAUAAAGCAUCUUUUAGAGAAUUACAUAAUUGCAUCAGUUAUAUUGAAUUUUGCUUGGAAUGACAUAGUUACACUUAUCACAUUAUGGAAAGCCUGAUAAUAUUAGAAUAUCUAGUUCUGUUAACUGUCCUUUUUUAACAGCUAUGAUUUUGAAGAGUUUUGCAAAUUGUAGUUGAAAAUUUUAGAGUAAUUUAAAAAAAGACUGGAAGUGAAUUUUGUGCUUUCUCACUGCAUGUUACUGUUUCUGUAUGCACCUCUCCAUACCUCUUUAUUUUUUCAUACAUCCUAUUCUGCAAAUUUCCUUAAUGGUUAGGGAAAGAUGAGAUUAAUGAAAAUUGAUUAUUUCUUUAAAUUAUCUUUUAUGUGGCUUGAGAACCAAUCAGUGAUUCUCUAUAUAAUCUGCAGAUGUAUAUAACAGAUUGAGUGAAAUAACUGGAGCUUCUUUCCGUUUUACAAAAUUACACCGGAAACUCAAGAAAUUAGGUCUUAAAAAUCUGAGCAAAGCUGGGGCCAGAAAGUCUUUUCACAAGCAACCACGUAAUAUGAGGAAUAAAACAAAGAGGGGGUGCUGAUCUGGUGACGGGCAAGGAAAGAGUAAGUAACUGAUUCCUAGAGAAGGCUCCAGACUGCCAGCUUGUGGUAAAUGUAGCAGCAGUGGUGUAGCAAUAGUCUAAAGAUAAAGGUUUUCCAUAAAGCUUGCAGUCUAGUCUGAGGGGUGAGUAUGUGAAAGAACAUAGUCACUUAAAAAGAUGGAUAAUUAGGAAAAUCUGUGCAAGGCAUCCUGACAGGAAGAAACCAAAACUUCUAUAAUUUAACUUCAGAAGAGUAUGUUUUUUUUCUUUGUUUUCCCUGAUCUAUGCCUUUACAAACUUGUUAUCUGUUUCAGAUAUUGUGAAUAAACAUUUGCAUGUUUAACUGACCCUGGCAUGAAUUAAAAGUGAUCUGAUACUAAAUGAAUAUAAAAAAGUAAUUUGUUACUCCAGUCCCUGCAAACUGCGAGUACCUGGCUCCCCGUUAUGUUUUGUAGAAUAGCGAAAAGGUAGGAGACCAUGCUCCCAAAUAAACUGUUUGGGUUCUCUGGAAAAUAGGUCUUAGAGAUUCAGGGAAGGAAACAUUAAAUGUUUUAAUGGCAUAUCGAUAAUACCAGUAUUGUAAGUAGCAGCCAUUUUGAUGCCGUUACCUUGUUUUAGCAAAAUUGAGCAAUGAAUAUUUGUCUCUAAACCUGCUCUGAUAAACUUCUUUUCCUUACUGAAUCACUCAAACCUUUGGCUUCUCUAGUAACUUCUGCAUCAGUGAUACGUUUUCCAUACGAAGUCAUGAAGACAAACUAUAUCAAGAAAUACUAGUUCUUAAACCAAGCACAAAGAAUUGCUGCCUUUUGUAUGCACGGAGGUAAUAGAUUUAAUAAAAUUAUCUCUUUCCCUCCCUACAUAGACUCCAGCCUCUUCCAGGAACCUAUCUAGGCAAUGUCAACUUAAUGAUCAAAACCUUAAAAUAGAGGUCAGAAGUACUAAAUUUGGAUGUCCAAUUUAGUAUCACAAGAGUACAGUUUCUAAGAACACUAAACAUAGGAAAGUACUUAUAUAUUUAGCAUACAUACCCAUUUACAUCAGUGGGCACUUGGCUCUGCUGAUCGGAUCCAAGGUGUCAAGGUGGGUGCUCAGGAAAUAAAGAAUGAGCAAUUACACAGUAGUUGUGAACAAGCAUUCACUGCUAAAACCAUGGUGCCCUUGUACCUUUAUUUUGAUUACCUCACUUGUUACAAACACAACUGUCUAAUCUCUUUAUCAUCCUCAAUUUAUAGCACAUCAGAGAUGUAUGUCAGCGUCUUUUGACUUGGAGCUGAGCAUAUAGUAACACCUUCACAGGAUUUAUUCGUACGUACCCUUUAUGUGGAAUUAGGAUGGUGCUGGAAUGUCUUUCAGGAGUGCUCAGUUGGAAGUUCCUAUUCUAGGAUUUUCAUUGGGCCUGUUGAGAUUCUGACUACGUUAUGAAGCCAUAUUAUGUAUCAAAACUGAUUUAUAUAUGCAUGGGUUUGGAAGUUCUCUUUAUUAUCCAGCAUCAGGCACUGGCCAAGGUGGUAGUAUGUCUGAGACAAAGCGAAGUUGCAUAGGGCUCAUUACUGCUUGUUAAAUGAUACAUACAAGUUGGGUUUCUCUGAGGGAAAGAGAGGAAGUUAUGAGCCAUGUCUGUUGCUCUUGGCUGUUUGGGGUUUUUUGUGGGUGGUCAUGUAUUGAGUCUUGUUUCUGACUUAUUUUUCACUUCAUUUUUCCUCCUCAGAUUUUGGUGUCACUUUGCAUUGUAGUCCUUCCCCAUGUAAAUGAGGAGAAAAGGUUUUAAUUCUGAAUGAGCCCAUCUAUUUUUGGAUCUCUUCUGUGAUAAAUGACUAGGGAUUCUGGCGGCCGAGCUUCCUCCAUUGCAUACCAUCUUAAUCAUCUGCAAACCAGGUAAACAUUACCAAAUGAGGAGAAAAGGAAGAUGCCAUCGAGUAUCGGCAGCCAGGCAUUCUUCUUCCCCAUGCAGUAUUAAACACUCCCCCACACGAGAAACCUUGACAUAUGCUCAAGCUCAAAGGAUGGUUGAAAUAGAAAUUGAAGGUCGCCUGCACAGGAUCAGUAUCUUCGAUCCUUUAGAGAUUAUAUUAGAAGAUGAUCUUACUGCCCAGGAAAUGAGUGAAUGCAACAGCAAUAAAGAAAAUAGUGAAAGACCACCAGUUUGUCUAAGAAGCAAGCGGCAUAAAAAUAACAAAGUGAAAAAGAAAAAUGAAGCUCUUCCGAGCUCGCAUGGUAUACCUGCUACAACAGCUCCUCUUCCAGAACCAAAAGUACGGAUUGUUGAAUACAGUCCCCCUUCGGCUCCUCGGAGACCUCCAGUUUAUUACAAAUUCAUUGAGAAGUCAGCAGAAGAACUUGAUAACGAAGUUGAGUAUGACAUGGAUGAAGAAGAUUAUGCAUGGUUAGAAUUGAUAAAUGAUAAGCGGAAAAGUGAUGGAGUGUCAGUUGUUUCACAAAAUAUGUUUGAAUUCCUUAUGGAUAGGUUUGAAAAAGAGUCCUAUUGUGAGAACCAAAAACAGGGUGAUCAUCAGUCUUUAAUUGAUGAAGAUGCAGUGUGUUGUAUAUGCAUGGAUGGUGAAUGUCAGAACAGCAAUGUGAUCCUGUUUUGUGAUAUGUGUAAUUUAGCAGUACAUCAGGAAUGCUAUGGGGUGCCAUAUAUACCUGAGGGCCAGUGGCUCUGCAGACACUGUUUGCAGUCCCGCUCUCGGCCUGUAGACUGUGUGCUGUGCCCAAACAAGGGAGGUGCCUUUAAAAAGACUGAUGAUGAUCGUUGGGGACACGUGGUGUGUGCUUUGUGGAUUCCAGAAGUUGGAUUUGCCAAUACAGUUUUUAUUGAGCCAAUUGAUGGUGUCAGGAACAUUCCCCCAGCCAGAUGGAAGUUAACAUGCUACCUCUGUAAACAGAAAGGUGUUGGUGCCUGCAUCCAGUGCCACAAAGCAAACUGCUAUACUGCAUUCCAUGUGACGUGUGCUCAAAAGGCCGGUCUGUAUAUGAAAAUGGAACCUGUGAAAGAACUAACUGGGAGUGGAACAACAUUCUCUGUGAAAAAGACUGCCUAUUGUGAUGUACAUACUCCACCAGGUUGCACACGGAGACCUCUGAAUAUUUAUGGAGAAGCUGAAAUCAAAAACGGUGUUUGUAGAAAGGAGGGAUCAGUCAGAACUGCUAGGUCUACAUCAAAAGUCAGAAAAAAGACAAAAAAAGCCAAGAAAACAGUGGUUGAACCCUGUACAGUUAUGCCAACAGUAUCUGCUCCUUAUAUCCCCCCCCAGAGAUUAAAUAAGAUUAUGAAUCAGGUGGCCAUUCAGCGAAAGAAGCAUUUUGUUGAACGAGUGCACAGUUACUGGUUGCUUAAAAGACUGUCUAGGAAUGGUGUUCCACUGUUGAGAAGGCUGCAGUCCAGUUUACAGUCACAAAGAAACACACAACAGAGAGAAGAUGACGAAGAAAUGCAAGCCUUAAAAGAAAAAUUGAAGUACUGGCAGAGGCUGCGCCAUGAUCUUGAAAGAGCACGUUUGUUGAUAGAACUUAUACGUAAGCGUGAAAAAUUAAAAAGAGAACAGGUCAAGAUUGAGCAGGUUGCUAUGGAACUUAGGCUUACUCCAUUCACUGUACUUCUGCGAUCGGUUCUGGAUCAGCUGCAGGAAAAGGAUUCUGCUCGUAUAUUUGCUCAGCCAGUGAACCUUAAAGAGGUUCCAGACUAUUUGGAUCAUAUUAAACAUCCUAUGGAUUUCUCUACCAUGAGAAAACGGUUAGAUGCUCAAGGCUAUAAAAACCUCAGUGAGUUUGAAGACGACUUCAAUCUUAUCAUAGAUAACUGUAUGAAAUACAAUGCAAAAGAUACAAUAUUUUAUAGAGCUGCAGUGCGGUUAAGAGAUCAAGGAGGUGUAGUUCUCAGGCAAGCUAGGCGAGAUGCUGAAGGAAUCGGUUACAAUAAUGAAACUGGAAUGCACUUACCUGAACGGCCUAAACUUGAGACACCCCAGCCUUUCUCUUGGGAAGAUGUGGAUAGGUUACUGAAUCCUGCAAACAGAGCACAUAUGUCCUUGGAAGAACAGCUGAGAGAGUUGCUAGAAAAACUUGAUCUGACCUGUGCAAUGAAAUCCAGUGGGUCAAGGAGCAAAAGAGCAAAGCUGUUAAAGAAAGAAAUCAGCAUUAUUCGCAACAAACUCAGUCAGCAACACAACCAAGCUCCUCAAAUAGAAUCAGGUAUUGGAAGUUUUGAAGAAGAAAGUGCAGCAUUAGAACAGGAUGGAGAAGAAGAAGGAGAUAAAUCUCCCCCUAAACUUGAACCAUCAGAUGCAUUACCUCUUCCUUCAAACUUGGAGACUAAUUCAGAACCACCAACCCUCAAACCAGUAGAACUCAAUCCAGAGCAGAGUAAGCUUUACAAAAGAGUAAAAUUUGAUAAUGAAUUAUAUAGCACUUCCAUUCAGAAAGAAAUAAAUGGACACACUCCAGAACACUUACUUGACAGUAAUCUCAAUGAGUCGACUGUUUCUGCUGUAGCUGAGUCAUCAACUGAUGUAAACAGACGUACAUCCAUUCUCUUCUGCAAAUCGAAAAGUAUAAGCCCCCAAAAGUCUGCAAAGAACACUGAAACCCAGCCAACUUCUCCACAGCUAGGGACCAAAACCUUUUUGUCUGUAGUCCUUCCAAGGUUGGAGACACUUCUGCACCCAAGGAAAAGAUCAAGGAGUGCAUGUGGAGAUUCUGAGGUUGAUGAUGAGUCCCCUGUAAAGCGCUUGGAUACAGGUCUGUCAAAUGGCUUUGGAGAUGAAAGUAAAGAGAGAGCAUUAGAUGAUACUCCAGGAAGAAAAGUUGAACCUCGUCGCCGCUGUGCAUCAGAAUCUAGUAUUUCAUCUAGUAACAGUCUCUUGUGUAACUCAAGUUUCAGCCUACCGAAGUGUGGUAAAGGUAAACCUGCCUUGAUACGGAGACACACACUGGAAGACCGAAGUGAAUUGAUAUCAUGCAUUGAAAAUGGAAACUAUGCCAAAGCAGCAAGAAUUGCAGCUGAAGUUGGGCAUAGCAGUAUGUGGAUUUCAACUGAUGCUGCAACAUCUGUUCUUGAGCCUCUGAAAGUAGUAUGGGCCAAAUGCAGCGGAUAUCCCUCUUACCCAGCUCUGAUUAUUGACCCUAAGAUGCCUCGUGUUGCUGGCCAUCACAACGGUGUUACUAUACCAGUGCCACCUCUGGAUGUACUGAAAAUUGGAGAACAAAUGCAGACCAAAUCAGAUGAAAAACUAUUCUUAGUACUAUUUUUUGACAACAAAAGAAGUUGGCAGUGGCUUCCCAAAUCCAAAAUGGUUCCCCUUGGGAUAGAUGAGACCAUAGACAAGUUAAAAAUGAUGGAAGGACGUAAUUCAAGCAUACGAAAAGCAGUAAGAAUUGCUUUUGAUCGUGCUAUGAAUCACCUGAGUCGAGUCCAUGGAGAGCCAGUCAGUGACUUCAGUGAUAUUGACUAGCAGAGAUUCUAGCAAGGCAUGAAAAAUACCACACAGACUUGAACUCUACUAAUGAACCUCUUUGUCUAAAAGAAUGUAUUGAAGAUACAACCCCUUAAUUGUUGAUUCAGUGGCUGAGUUCUGCAAACUUGAAAUAGUUGAGCAAUUCUUCUAAAUCACCAUUGCCAUAUUGAUGAAUUAUUUUAUUGUGUUGUAGAUUGGAGGAUUUUCCACUAAACCUGUUAAAAUGUCUUGUUCAUAGUGUUCAUAAUUGUACAUAAAUGUAUAUUCAACACUUAACUUAUUCUGAUUUUAGAAGUAGCUCUUUUAAUUCCUUUUAUAAUUUUGCUGGGGAGGGAGUUGGUUUCUGUUUCCAUGCUUUUUACUUUUUUUUUCCUUCUUUCUGAGGUUAAGUUACCUAAGCACCAUCUUCCAGCUUAAGGUGUUUAGUGGAUCUUAAAGCCUAAUAUCAAAAUGGCAUCAAAUAUAUGUUUGCCUAAAUCAUAUACAGUAUGGUGCUGCUUGUAUCAUUUCUUCCUUGGUCUGUAGCUUCUGAAAAAGACUUCUGAAUGUUUGUGUAAAUUGUAGCUCUUUGCACAAAGUACCACAUAUUUAAGAUUGAUGUAAAUUUACAAUUACAAAUAUGUAUUUUAAGAAAGGAAGUUACAUUAUUUUGGAGGGUACUUUGUGAGAAAGACAUCAAUAAAAAUUAUACUAUGUACAUCACUUGCAAAUCACCAAAAACACUCCAUUGUUGCCCAAAAUAACUUAAGAUUGUUUUUGUUUUAAACAAACCUGGCUUAAAGCCUGCAAGCACAUUAUUUCUUUCAAAACCAUAUCCCAUUUAUCUCCUGUUGAUUUAAUUUUGUUGAUAUGUGUGCCUCCCUGUGUUUAUUUAUUGUAGAAAAUGUAUUAAUUUGCUUUAUAAUGAAAAAUAAAAUUGACAAAUAUAUUGAUAUGCAUUUUUAUACAGGCACAUGAGAAGACAACUUGCUUUGGGAGAAAAAUGUAUUGGAAAUUGUAAAAAAUAACUUGAUGGUUUGUGUGUAAUUUGGUUUUUUGGUAACUUGUAAUCUUUUGUUUCCAAUGAGGGGAUUUAUGUAACUUUUAAUUUAGAACACUUUGGUAGCAAUAGAAACUUUGGAUACAUUUUUGUAUGGUACAUGUGAUGUAUAUAGAAUUAGUACUUUAUUUUUAUUUUUAAGAAGUAAAGCAUUAUGUUUGGGCAGGGGGAAGAUGGAGGGUGGGUUUCCAGAACUGCAUUUUUAUAUUAAAAAGAAAAAAAAAUAAAGUCAAGAUAUUGAUUGUUGUAGCUACUUUAUUCCUACCUUCACUGAGAUACUGAAUUUGUAACAAUGAAAAUGGCAAGGUAUGUUUGCAAUGUGAUUUAUAAUGGCUCCAUUAUUUAUAAAUGCACUGUGUUUGAACUCUUUUGCAGUGAUAUCGUAAAUACUGUACCAAGUUAUAUAAUAUGAAACACCAAAUAAUGCAUAUGAAUGCACGAAGUAUUUAUGCCCAGCUUUUUUAUAAAGGAUUAGCAAAUACAGCAAAACCAAUACUUUUUAAAUCUUUUUUUUAAAACUUCAUUGAAUAGCAUACUUCAUUGUUAAACCUGCUUGAAUCUUUAUUUUAAAGGGACAAUUACUUUUUAAAUAGUUUUUAAUGUUUUUAUUCUCUAUUGUUUGUAAUACCCCCGUAGAAGCUUGAAAUAAAAUUUCUUUCUCAACUGUAAAUUUUGUCCUGAAUUUAGCCCCUGAGAUUUUGCUGUAGUGCCCAUUUUCUUACUCCAUGACUGAGCUGUUACAGACACACUAGGUCAAGAAGCCGAUUGUUCUAUUAUGGCAGUAUCGUCCGUACUGAGCCCUUUGCAUGGUAGGUAUUGUAGUUAACUGAGACCAGUUGCCUAUGAUGGACUCUGAUAAUUAGAGAUGAGUUGGAUAAAUUUCAUAAAUGAUCAAGCAAAUAGUUUUCUCAGUCUUGACAGGAAACACAGUUUUAAGGAGAACAGUGAUGGCAGGUAUCAUGGAAGGACCAUCAUUGAGCUGCACUGCUCUGGUAGCCACAACAGCAAUGUCAGAUAGAAAAAUAAAAUGAAAAUUUGGUUGUUUGCCUUAAA